AUGGAUGAAGUAAAACGGCAAUUCAUUGAAAUCCAAAAAGAAUACCAAAACGCACUCGUUAAAGUUUAUUUGCUGAGUAAAGACCAAACCAUAUCACAACACCAUCUUAGUAUUUGUUUAGAAGAAAUCAACAAAUUAAUAUCUGACGUAAUUUCUAUUCGAAGAAAACAAGAAGAAAUAAACCAACAAAAUCAAAUCAUUAAAGCACAUCAAGAAAAAGUAAAAAAGAUAUUGGUUAAUUUAAAAGAUAAUUUAACUACAAAAGAAGCUAAAGAAAUAAAUAAAAUCAAAGAAAAAUAUGAAAAUUUCAUUAAUAUGACAUCAACUAAAAUUGAAUUUACAGAAGUAUCAAUUCAACUUGAACAACAAUACUAUCUUUCUAUUAUAUCUAUUUUACAACAACAAAAGUUAAUCAUUCAAUCUUUAUUAAGUAAACAAGUGAAAUAA